UACACCUAUCGAACAUGAAAAGGACAUAAACGUUGACCAAGCAAACACAUAAAAUACCUUAGAGAAAUUAAAUUGUAUAAUUCACAAAUUAAAAGUUUUCCAUCCCUCCCUCUUCCAAAUCCCACUUCAAAAAUUUCUCCAACAAUUAACUGAAGCUAAGAAGAUGUCCAAUAAUUCCACUUCUCAAUCAAAAGAUGGUUUUGAUGCUAGUGGUUUCACAUAUGGCGUAGCAUUCAUACUAGUAGCCGGUGUUCCUCCGUCGUCACAAUCUCAUCGAACAUUGGAACACCACGUGGAUAUUCGUAUCGACACGAGUUAUGAGAAUUACCCUAAGAUGCCAUAUUCCGAUGAGGUAAAGAACAAAAAUGGUGUUGUGGGUGGAUGCACCAUAUGCUUAGGCGACUAUAAAGAGAAUGAGAUGUUGAGGGUUCUUCCUGGUUGUGGCCAUGCCUUUCACCAAGCUUGUGUUGAUCCAUGGCUCAUGUUGCACUCCACAUGUCCCAUAUGCCGAAAAUCAUUGCCUCAAGCUCCAUAGACCAUAGUAUAGUCCUAGAUCAAUAUCUUAUAGUACUUUAAUUUAUUGUAAGCUACUUUGGAGGUAUUUAGAUUCAUGUAUAAUACGGUUCACUCACCUAAAUAAUACCUAUUAUGAUUAUUCGGUGAGCAUUUUUCAGAACUUUGUGUGUAUAGGAUAUGUAAGUAAACAUGGAUGUAUUUGUUUAUUUAUUUGACGGGGGUAUACAUAUAAUGUAUAUAUUU